AUUUUUUUUUGUAAAGAUAUUUAUGCAAAUAAAUGCAAUAAACAUUUACGAUGUACACUCUAUUUUUUGCCUUGCGUUUUGAUUAAAAAAACAAACAAAAAAAAAACUCAUGACCAGUCAUUGACCCCAAGCAAUAUCCUGUUACGCGUUUUUUAGCUAACAUACCUUUACACCUAAAAUUCUUUUACACAUUUACUGCUAUGUAAUGAAAAAAAAAAGUGUCAGACUUUAAUGGAUAAAUCAUAAAAGUUAUAAAGGAUUCACAUGAAUGCAUUCAGAAGUUUGCGUUUGAGGCGAGAGUUCACCACUGCCAUCUGCUGACUCUUUUCAGAUUGCACAUAGCUGCUUCUGUAAUGAUAUUAUUUAUCGACAAAUAAAAUAGUGAUAUCCAGCAAAAAAUAAAGUAUACUAGAUGUCAAUGUGUAGUUUGUUUUUAAAUAUGCUUUUAAAUCUAUAUAUGUUCUCUUUUUUUAUCAUUAUUAUUUACGAAGAACAGAUAUGCUUUAUCUGUCAUUUUUUAAAAUCAUUUUUAGUAAAAUCAUGUUCAAUGAGUAACACACGAACAGAUGUAAUAAAAAGUGAGUUUAAAAAAUAUAUUUUGUAAGUGAGCGACGGGGGAAGUUACAGCCUUCCUGUUUUACGGACAUAUCUUUGGUGGCACUCUGCUACUUCCGGUUAGCUUAGAUAUUAGCAUGUUGAAUCCUCUUCUAGUCAUUAAAUUAAUGAAAAAGUUCUUUUUAUUACGACGUGAAGGCUAAACGAAUGCUUUAUGAGUGUUGGUUAAUGUGUUGUUUGGAGUUCUUUUUUUAACGAAACGCUGAGCUAGUUUGUGUAUGUUUAUGACGUGUAGUUGCAGGGUAGUUAGCCGCUAGUGUGGCUAACGAUGUUUACAGAACUCAACAGCAUCUUGAACGAGAGCCCGGAAAACUUCAGCACGGGCGAGUUUGUGCUGCUGUCCGACAGGCAGAGUGAUGCCUCCUUCCUCAUCCAUCACUUUCUGGGAUUCUACCUCAGAGCUGGCUGUCAAGUCUGUUUUGUAGGUCUGGCGCAGUCAUUGAGUCACUACAGCGCAGUCAGCCAGAGAUUGGGUGUGAGUCUGUCUCAGGCUAAAGAAAAAGGUCAGCUGGUGUUCCUGGAAGGACUCAAUGAAUCCUUGUCCAUCCUCAAUCCUGAUGGCGCCAGACCAGGAAGUCAGGCCAUGGACUUCCUCAGGAAUCCCGGGGCAGGCCUGCGAAGUCUCUUCCAAUCUGUACACUCCAGCCUCACCUCACAGGGGGCGGAGUCCGGCUCGCUCCGCCCACCCGCGCUGCUGGUGGACGACGUCAGCGUGCUGCAGAGUCUCGGCGUCAGCGUGGACUCCGUGCUGGAUUUCAGCCAUUACUGCCGAGCCCUGGUCUGCUCGCAACUGAAGGGCAACGUGGUGAUGCUGCUGCGCUGCGACGGAGAAGACGACGACGAUGAUACGGGAAGUGAGGAGAGCUCGGAGAGGUUAUUGAGAGGACUGACUCACCAAUGUAGCCUAUCGCUUAGCGUACAAGGUCUUCCAACGGGUUAUUGCCGGGACAUCCACGGUCAGUUGGAGGUAUGGGACAGAAGAAGACAAGCUGAUGGUCAGGACCAGAAGAAGACGACCUUUCAGUACAAAGUCCAUGACAAAGGAGCCUCCUUCUUCGCUCCGGGGACAUCAAGUGCCGUUCUCUAGUAUUACCAAGUCAUAUGAGAAAUGUACUCUGUUGCUUCAUCAUUUUUACAAUGUGUCUUAUUGUAAUUUUAUUGAGUUUAUUUGAAAUAUAAAUAAAA